AAUUUUGGCAACAGUAAAUACACGUAAAAAAACCAUAAAAUUUUUAUCUCAUGUCUCUUUCUCUUUCCUUGUCUCACACACAUUCAAGCACAAGCAUACACAGAUUUCGCCAUGGGUCUGUGAAAUUGUGUGUACAUUCCUGCAGUCAUGUGUUCAGACUGAGCUGAGUCACAAGCUGAGAGAAAAAGAAACGACACAAAAUAAAGAGAUAGAGGAAGAGCAUGAGGGGGAGGGUUUAGAAUCAGUUUUGCAUUCACAUAAAGGAGGAAGACACACUCAGAGGGAGUGAAAGAGAAAGAGAGAGCUUACGAGACCACAAGAGGAGCCUGAUGGGAAAAAAGCAGAAAGACAAAGCAAAUAUGAAGAUAUAAAUAAAAGAUAGUUUAAAUAGUAGGAGGAGCCUAACAAAAAAAAAAAAAAAGGAGUGAAGGUUGUGGCAACAGCAGGCAUGACUGAGGCAGACACAAUGAGAGAAAUGAAGAGAUGGUUUUGCUGUCACAUUCACACUCUGUUCUUCAGCAGUCAAACAUGUUUGCUGUAUUAAAAAACUAGCAAAGCUUGCAGGCUGCAGUGGAGUCAGCUGUGAAUGCUAUCGCGUCAGUUGCUGUGCUUACAGGCAGUGCACUGUGCUGAGAGCAUCGACUGAGACAAGCUGGGCCCUGACAGGUUCUGACAGUGGCCGUCACCAUGGAGGAGAGGGAGCGGCAGUGUAAUGGAGAGGAAAGAUGUGAUGUUGAAUCCCCCACAGGACAGUCAGUCACUGCAGGAGAACCAGGCACAGCGUCCACAUGGAGGAAUGGUCAGUGUGUGGUGUCUGUGUCCACAUCCACAUGGUUCACUCCCACGUUUGACUUCUCACACUGCAGGACUCUUCUGGAAACCAAAGGCUUCCAGAUUCCAGCAGAAGACUUUGAGGGUCCACUUCGUUUAGCGCUGGACCACCCGUCCGUCAGAAGAUACCUGCUUUUCAACUCAAACAUUUUUAAUGUCAUCAUGGCACCCGUCUUGUAUGUGGUGCUGUGGUGCGCUGUGUACUCGACCAUUCACAUGUACCUCGAUGGCAGCACAGCGGAGUUCUGGGUGCUCUGUCUGUGUGUCAGUCUGGUUUCCGUGAUCCUCACCGCCACCAUCAACCUCAUCUUUCACUACAGCAACAAAGAGAUCAACAUGAACACAGAUGUGCGGUUGGUGGGGGUUAAUGAGCACAUGGUCAGACACAAGCUGCUUUUGGGAGUGGCUGACUGGGUCCAGAAAUGCAGAGGAAAACUGCAGCUCUUCUGUAUGUACUGGGACUUGUCCCCAUGUCUGAUUUCUCUGACUGAAGCGCUGGACGACAUGAGUUUUGUCAGAGAUCAAGUACAGAACAAACUCAAGAAAAGAAUGUCCCACCUAGUUCUAGUGACCGAGGUCACGACCCUGGAUCCCGAGGUUGUAUUACAGGACGAGGAGCUUCCAGAAGAAGAGCAGCCGCUGCUGCUGGAGGGACGAGAGCGAAGCACAUCAACUAGUCAACGGGAAGACUCGAAACUCACCAAAAACUUCAGCUUGAUGCCUGACACCACUCUCUCAAAUCAGGCGAUUGCACAGCAGCUCCUCAUGACCUACAGUGCACUUUAUGUCAGACUGCUGGUAUCAAACAAGCUUCCUGCUCCUCCCCAGCGGCCUUCAGGUGCAGCGAAAAAUCAUUCCACUUCCUGUCUGUGUCUGUGUGAGUAUGUGGAGCUGAAGGUCCUGCGGUAGAUGGACUAUCAAAUUUCCCAUUCAAAAGUAUUAUUUAGUAUAGCCCAUUUCUCUGGGAUGAUUGUUUUGCUGUCAAUUAUGAUACAAUCACAGACUGGUCCUGCUGCUCUUGAAACUGUUAUGAUUUCAUCUGUGUACUGAAAUAUAUAUUUUUUUGUUUCCUGA